CAGCUCCCCGCGGAUAUUUUCUCCUCACAAACAUCUCGCUGCCGGGGCAGGCCACCGUCGCGCGCGGCAUAAUAGCACGGCGCUUUCAGCCUCCUCCUCCACCACCGGCACCGCCCGCGCAAUUAACACCACCGCUAACGAGCGCGGCCGCGGCAUAACAAUACACACCACCAGUACGCUCUGGCAGCAGUAGCAUCGGCCGGCGCGCUUGUGCGGAGAGGUGGAUCGAUCGACAUGUCGAGGCCGAGCAGGAGCGACGCGCACCUGUCCCCGGUGGACGAGGCGGUGAGGGUGGACGAGGUGCGGGGGUACUACGACGGCGCGGCGCCCAAGCGCCACUCCAAGCCUUCCCGCAGCGACCACUCCGCCGUGUACACCGACGCGCUCGCCGGCCCCGGCGCCGACGGCUCCCACCCCGAGCUCGACAAGUUCCAGGACCUCGAAGCCCACUCCGAGAAACUGGUGUGCGAGGGCGGGAAGGCGGGCGAGGAGUUCGUGGAGACGGAGUACUACAAGGACCUCGGCUGCGUCGGCAAGCAGCAUCACACGACUGGGACGGGCUUCAUCAAGGUGGACAGGCCCGCCGGCGCCUCGUUCGAGCUCUCGGAAGACCCGGAUGCGACGGAGCGCCAUGCUUCCUCCAAGGGGAACCCCGCCACAAACGAGUGGAUCUCGUCAGCGGACACGGUGUAUCAGGAGGAGUCAGACAAGCCCAACAGAAGCGACAGCUGAGCCGGACAAUGGUCUACAGACUACAGCCAAACAUCAUACAUCAGAUGCGUGUGUCUUCCGGUUAAAUCGGCUAUUAAAAAAUUAAGGGCGCGUAUUCGUGUAUUUGUUAUUGGGAUUCUUGUGAGGUUCUAUCUACUCUACUUGUCAAACUCGUGGGUCGUUUUGGGAGCCUGUGUUGUGGAACUGAAUGAAGUACAGGAAAUAAAUCAGAAGUAUGUUCAGUUUGUGUUA